GUUUCGCUAGCUCGUUCCAACCAUUGUGAAUAUUCAACAACCGUUCGCGUUGGUGCGAGAGUGGUCUUCUCCAGUGGAAGGUGUUAAUUGUGGCUGCGAGCAUUUUUGCGUUUCGCGAGCGAGCCAGGAUUGCUCAAUUCAAGUGUUGUUAAAACCUGGAAGUCGAAAUCCGGUGAGCAGGGGUUUUCCCCGUCGAAGCAAAAUAAAGGGAUGAAUGCUGUUUGCAUAGUCGAAUUAGGUCACUUCAGUGAUCGAGGUGUGGUGAAUCUCGGCAGAAGUGAUUUGAGAAUAAAAUGAAACAAAUCUGAUUCAAGUGGUAAUCGCAGCUGUGGGGCCAAACCGUGAAUGUGAGAAGUUUAACAGUGGCAAAUCGCAUGAGCAUGCAACAGUUCUGUGCAAAUCGCGCAACUUUACAUGGUCUCACUUUGAAUCAACGGUUAGAUGCGGAAGUUAACCCGAACCUCAAACAACCAGAUCGUAGUGCAGAAGAGCAGAAUCAAGAGAAGACAAUUACAGUGUUAUAAACUUGGAAACUUCAAUCGGACUCAUUUUCGGCGGAAACGAGCCUAGCCAGCAACGGCAGCAAGGUUUAGGGCGAAGGUUGUUGAUUUUAUAGCUUUCACCCGUCAUUGUGGUCAUUUCGGAAUAUCUACUGACGUUCAUCGGGCAGCGCAUUCUCGAAACAGGAAGCAAUUAUCGAACGGGCGGCGAUUGAACGCAAAGAGCAGCAAACACGAACAUGCACGCGUGGCUUUUUGUCCUCGCGGUGCUGGCGAUUCUACAGGGUGUAACGCAAGUCGCUAGCACCGACGGUCAAUUCACCACUCCUGCCCUCUCAACCUCCAUCAGCACAUUCUUCACAACGACGGCCAGCAGUAGUAGUAGCAGGAGUAGUGGCAGCAACGGAAGCAGCAACAGUAUCAGUGCCAGCAGUAUCCCAGAUGGUCAUCAGCCACUGGCAGCAGCAACCGCCGAGAAGGCGCUCAGUGACAGUGGUAUGGCGCAAAGUGAGCCAAAGGUGGACGAAGAUAGUAUAGAAAAACUACAUCGAGAAGAGGACGAAGAAAUAGAGAACACCGUGCACCAACCGGUCGCGAGUGAACUGCAUCUACAGGUGCAAACCCACAGUAGUGAUAGUGACAGCCUAGAUCUUAGCAAUAGUGAUAGCAGUAGUAGUGAUAGCAGUACUAGCCCUAGCCGUCGUAAACUCGAUCCUGCAACACUAGUCCAUUUCGCGAGUAUGUUCGGUUUUUCCACACGAAGACCAAAAAUCGAUAGAUCUAAGGUGGUGAUACCGGAAGCGAUGAAGAAGCUGUACGCCGAGAUCAUGGGCGUCGGUCAGGUCGAUUCCGUCCACGUGCCAAAGAGGGGCCUCAGCACGCGCAACGCCAACACCGUGCGGAGUUUCACCCAUGAAGAAAGCCAUAUAGACGAGCGCUUCAAGCAUCACCACCGCUUCCGGUUGAUGUUCAACGUGACGGACAUCCCGCUGGGUGAAAAGCUGCGAUCAGCGGAACUCACACUGAACCGAGACGCCAUCGAAGACCAGCGGUACCGAACCGUGCAACAUCAGGUGCUGGUUUACGACAUCGUGCGGCUUGGUAUCAAGGGCAAGCGGGCCCCUACGUACUUGCUGGUCGACAGCAAAACGGUCAAAAUUAACGAAACCGGUCCGAUCAGUGUGGAUGUGCUGCCAGCUGUUGACCGGUGGCUGCGACAUCCGAAACAAAACCAUGGACUCUUCAUUCAGGUUAUCGGCAAAAGCAAACGGAAGCCUCAAGCUGUACCGCAGCACGAGCAUGUCCGGUUGCGGCGGAGUACCGACGAAAGCCACGACAAAUGGGUGAAGAAACAGCCGCUGCUGUUCACGUACACCGAUGACGGACGCCACAAACAGCAGCGAUCUAUACGGGAUGCAAACCGUAAUCGACGAAAUCGACGAAGAAAGAACGGCAACGAAGCCUGUCAGCGGCGGUCAUUUUACGUAGACUUCAGUGAUGUUGGCUGGAGUGACUGGAUUGUGGCUCCACCGGGAUAUGACGCUUACUUCUGCGAAGGAGAAUGCCAGUUCCCGAUUGCCGAUCAUCUGAACACGACGAAUCACGCGAUCGUUCAAACGCUGGUCAACUCGAUCAAUCCCAGCCUGGCACCGAAGGCCUGCUGCGUGCCCACACAGCUGUCCUCCAUCUCGAUGCUCUAUCUGAACGAGCAGAACAAAGUGGUCCUGAAGAACUAUCAGGACAUGACCGUAGUCGGAUGUGGUUGUCGUUGAAUACAGCCGCUUGUAAAUUGUGUGAAAUUGUAUUAUACUAAGCUGAGCGGGUGUCCUCUUAAAGAAGAUACCGGCGAAUCGACCAGGUCGUAGGUUAUAGAGUGCACUGUAGAGCGAAAAAAUGAAGGUUUGUGGUCUAGCUUUCGAUGAAUGUUACGUAAAUUUAUUCCUAUAUUAGAAGAAGGGCUAGUAUAUGAAGAAGAAAACAAAAUUUCGUUUGUGAGAGACACGAGUACGAAUUCGAAUGGCUGUGUGAUUUGUAAAAAUAAGUGUGAGUGCGCGAUCGAUGAUAGGAACUCGGUUUUGCUGUUUCGUUUAGCUAAAAUAAAACCCAGUGCUGGCAAAAACUUGUACAAAAACUUUAUCUUCAAUAUUUAAGAAACAUUACACUAAAACCUCAAACGCAAGCCAUAGCGAAGCCUGUUCUGUAAAUAUAAGCAUAAUUGAAAGGCUAGCUAAUAUAUUCUACUAAAUCCCAAAAAUCUCUGUAAAAUGCAAAAACACAAACGAUCACGUAACAAAAUAAAUAUCAUUAUUACUAGGCGAUUCUUUAAUAGCAUAAACAUACAAUAUUUGCUGGAAGGUUGUUUUAACAUUAUUUUUUUUAACUUCGGUAUCGUAAGGCAAAAAGUAUUAGGAGAUUUAUUCAACAGGAUCAGAUUGCGUGGGUCAGACAGUAUGAAUAGUUCAUAGUGAAAGUGUAAUGAGUUUUUAGCAAACAGACAACCAUAGUAGUAAUCUAUACUGUUUAUACUAUUCACACCUAUACUGUUUAUUACUGUUUUAUAUUUGUAAAUUUGUGUAAUAUAAUAGUACCUGUAUUUGAGAAAAAGUAUUUAUUACAUAA